UUUACUCGUUCUCCUCCAAACAGGUUGAUAUAUAGUUCUCUGUCAAUCAUGUCCCUGAGCUUCUAAGCAUGCUUUAACCACAACUCCUUCGACAACUUUUUAUAUGUAUUUUAACAGGACAGGCCUCAGUAGAACGACCACUUGGUAGUAGGAAACUAGAAAAAUAUAAAGACCGGGGGGGCUGAAAUUUGGCAAAAGCCAAUAGCAAUAGCAUUGAAAAUAGCAUAUAUUGAGUUAUGUGAUGAUAAAGGGAAGAAAUGUUAUUUAUCAAACUGGGAUUUGAAAAAGAGCCCCAUUAUUUAUCAAAUUGGAAUUUGAAAAAAGUUCCAUCAACACAUGUAGGAAGUAUUCUAAGAAAUUUUGCUCUUCAUCUUCCAAAUCACAAUUUAGUAGAAUGUUCUCUUUGUGGAUAUCUUUGGAAUCUAAUGUCCUAUUUGCUAAAUGCUAUCUCAAGCAAUACGUACGGAGAUUAGCACACCAAAAUGCAGUAGCUUUUGACAGAUGACGUCGAUUUAGGGGCAAAGUUGAGGACCACUUUCCAUGAAAGCACUUCACGGGAAGCCCAUAUAAGACUAGAGAAAUUAACGUUUGGCCUUAUAACUGUUGUUCUUUAGCCGUUACAUUGAAAGGUCAUCAGUUUCUUAGUCCUGAAAACAAUGUUGAUUGCUUUAUCAUUUUCCUUUCCACCAGGAUUGCUGAUCAGUGGCGAAUAAGCAUAAACAUUUUGUGGAUGAAACACCGAUCAUUAGUUGUAACUGUUAAGAAUGAGAUCCUAAUGCUCUUCAUGCAAUCAGCUUGUUCUGGAAGUCCAUGUAACUUAGAAUGAACAGGUUCAAUUCUGAAAGACCAGAAGAUUGGAACAUCUACUCCAGCUCAGAUCCUAGUCCAUCUCAAACAGAAGUUAAUCAGGAAGGUCCAUGGAAAAACUUUGGGACAUCAAUGAAUGCCCUUUCUUUUGGUUUUGUUGCUACCGCUAUCUUAAUUUCAAUGUUUCUCAUAAUGGCCAUCUUCGAGCAUCUUUUCAAGCCAAGUGAGUCUUUUUCUUCACCUCAAGGUGGCAGCAGCAGGACCUUGCGAUCUACGCAAAUGCAGAAACUCCAAGAUCCCCAAAGGGUGUCAACAAUUUCGUAUUCCUCGGAUUUCUCCGUCUUAAUGCCAGGGCAGCAGUAUCCUACAUUCAUUGCCCAACCAGCUCCUCUUCCUUGUUCAAGGGAAGGGGUGUGCUGGCCUCCCCAUGAACAUAGAUAGCUAGUCUUUCCUCGUUGUAUCCACUGCUACAUGAUAAACCACCAAGUAAUCUUCGGUUUGGAUGCCUCAACUUCGUGGAUGAAUGUAUAAAACAUAUAUGGUUUUGGAUGCUUAGGUAAAGAAACUCCCCCACAAUGACGUUCUCGUUUGUUCUGUGUAAUAGACCUUCAAUCUUGCAUCUUA